CUGGCUGGUGUUUACGUCGCCGGAAUUCCGGGAAUCGUCGAAAGAGAUUUAUCGGCGGCUUUCAGGCACGAUUUCGAAGCGUUCGAAUUUCAGAGUUUGGCAUGGCGUGGAUUCCAAGCGAGAAGGAGGAAAAGAAAAAGUUGCUGGUGCAAUUAGGAAAGGAAUACCGGGAUAAAUGCUACCGUGACAACAGUCCCAGAGACUGCCAUUAUCUGGCCCACUUUAUGGUCACCUUGCAGGAAGCGGCCAAAGCAGCCACCAUAUUCCGGAAGACGUGUGACGAGUAUCAAUACGGUGAAAGCUGCCAAUUAUACGCCGGACUUUUACGAGCAUUCAAAUUCGCUGGCGUCGAUCCAAUCGAGAGCUUUCGCUACGAUCGCAAGGGAUGCCAGUUGGGUCGAGCCAAGUCCUGUUUGAACACCGCCCUGGAUAUUGUUUCGGAUGGCAACGUCAGACAAGUUGUUGAUGAAGACAAGCCGGACUUGCUGGUCGUCGAAAUGCUCGAUCGAGGCUGCAAUUUGGGCUGUGACGACAGCUGUUAUCUGGCUGGAGGUGCUUAUUUGGUUGGCGUGCCGGGAUUGCUGGAGAAGAAUGUUUCCACCGCCUACAAGUACGACGUCAAGGCGUGCCAACUGGGCAAUAAACUCGCCUGCGCUAAUCUCAGCGGCGCAUUGCCAAUGAAAACCAACGGUGCAAUGUCCAACGCCUUUCAAGUCCGCCGGUUGCAGUUGAAAAUCAACAAGGAGCUAUCGGAAAAAUCCCCCAAAUUACCCGGCACCACCUGAAUUUCAAGUUUGUAGCGCGUGCCAAAAAAAUAAAAAUAAUUCGCAAAAUUGUAUUAUUACAGGCCUGGCCAAUUAUUUGUAUAUUUCAGACAUGUCUCGGCUGGGAUUAAACGGGUUUAUCAGA